AUGCCCGCUAAAAAAGGCUCUAAGAGAGUUAGAAAGGUUAAGUUGGUCAAGACUAAGGUGCGUACUAAAGAAAGUCCUGAAGUCAAGGAAAACACCACUUUGAAAGAAAACUUGGAAGAUGAUAAUGAAUCUUCAAUCAGAGUUGCAGAAAAGAUAGUGGACAAAGCUGUUUUGGAACUAAGCAAAUGGAACGAUCGUAAGCUACAGAAGGAACAGGAUAAAUCAGGCAAACUAGCACUUUUUGAUGAAGAUUCCAAGGAUCUUUGCUUGUAUCUUCAGGCUACAAGCUUGAAGUUCUUUGCGAAGAAGCAGUCGUUGAAACCGAAAGGGAUCAGACUUGAACAUUCCAUUAAUAAUUUAGAUUUAGAUGAUGGUGAGCCAUUCAAGGUUUGUGUGUUUGUGAAGGAUAAUACUAUUGACGAAUCUCUUUUAGAAAAAAUAGAGGCUGAAAAUAUCCCUCAUCUUGAAAAGAUUAUUCCAGCUAAAGAAUUGAAAACCACAUAUAAGAGUUUUGAAGCCCGUAGAAAGCUAUGGGAGAAGUAUGACUUAUUUUUAAGUGAUGAUUAUUUGAUUACAACUCUUCCAAAGCUUUUGGGAAAAAGAUUUUAUGGGUCAGCAAAAUUCCCAAUACCAAUAAAAGUUUAUUCUAAGGAUAAGACCGCUGUCUCCGUACAGACUUUAAAAAAUCAAAUAUUGAAGGUGCUCCAUAGCACCUACUUUAUUCCGCCAAUGGGAGUGAAUAUUUCUUUGAAACUUGGAAGCUUGAAACAAGAUAGGAAGAACUUACAUGACAAUUUAAACACAAUUAUAAAUUAUCUUUCGAGAUUUCCAAUACGUAUACUUCAACUAAAAUUGGAAACGUCUCCAAGCAUUCCAAUUUACGUGAACCGUGAAGUUCAUAGCGACGAAGAUGUGAUUGGUGGAAAGCUUCCAGUUGGAAAGGACACUGAGCCGGUUCUUGAGAAAGAUGAUAGUGAUGAACUAUCUUUGUAUGAACGGGGAUUAAUAGAACUAGCGUUUGAUGAAGAGGAGGCACGAAAAGUUAUUGAUUCUAAGAGAGCUAAGCAUAAAAAGAGAAAGUAUGUUGAAGAGGAGGGUUCAUCUUCACAAGAUCUGGGAAAGAAGAUUGAGGUCUAA